AUGAGCUCCCAGGUCCGUCAGAAUUAUUCCACCGAAGUGGAGGCUGCAGUGAACCGCCUGGCCAACUUGCACCUGCAGGUCUCCUACACCUACCUCUCUUUGGGCUACUAUUUUGACCGGGAUGAUGUGGCUCUGGAGGGUGUCGGCCACUUCUUCCACGAAUUGGCUGAGGGGAAGCGCGAGGGCGCCGAGCCGCUGCUCAAGAUGCAGAACGAAAGCGGAGGCCGCGCCCUAUUCCAGGAUGUGCAGAAGCCCUCUCAAGAUGAGUGGGGUAAAUCCCAGGAGGCCAUGGAAGCUGCCUUGGUCCUGGAGAAGAGCCUGAACCAGGCCCUCUUGGAUCUUCAUGCCCUGGCUUCUGCUCGCACAGAUCCUCACCUCUGUGACUUCCUGGAAAACCACUUCCUGGAUGAGGAGGUGAAGUUCAUCAAGAAGAUGGACAACCACCUGACCAACCUCCGCAGGACCGGUAUGCCCUCGCCGUCUCUGGGCGAGUACCUCUCCGAGAGGCUCACUCUCAAGCAUGACUAG